CGGAGCACGACCACGUGCAAGUUGGAAACAUUAAACACAUGUCAUUUGGUUCGACGAGCGCGGUUCAACGUUGAUCAACUGAAGCGACGGUGAAGAUGACGCCGGAAACGCCGAGCAGUUCGGGCAGUGAUUCGUCUCGGCCGCCCAUCAGGACGGCGGAGGAGAGGCUCAUGGUGGCCGUCAGGAUACGGCCGCUCCGACAGGACGAACACCAGAGGGUUUUGUAUGCUGUCAAUAAAAAGAGUAUCGUACUGGAGGAUCCAGAUAAAUUCGACGUUCUCAGACAGAAGAAAGGCGUCGAUAAGCAGUACUGUUUCGACGUGGUUUUCGGCGAAGAAUCCAAUUCGCAAGAAGUUUACGACGUCACAACCAGUGGUCUGGUCAAAGACGUAUUAAACGGAUACAAUGCUACUGUUUUUGCGUAUGGUCCAACGGGAGCUGGGAAAACUCACACCAUGGUCGGUGAUCGAGAUCAACCUGGUAUAAUGAUUAGAGCACUAAACGACCUUUUCGAGGCCGUCAAAGGAAAAGAAGAUGAAUACACAGUUACAAUGUCUUAUAUGGAAUUGUACAAUGAACAAAUACGUGAUCUCUUAAACCCUUCAUCAGGAUAUUUGGAAUUGAGGGAGGAUCAGCGCGGACGUAACAUACAAGUGGCAGGAUUGUCGGAAAUAUCGACCACAUCCACAGAAGAGGUGAUGCAGCUACUCCAAAAGGGCAACAAGUCUCGAACAGUAGAACCAACAGCGAUGAACAAAACAUCCUCGCGCAGUCACGCUUUACUCAGCGUCUCAGUAAAACACUCAGUUCCGAUUGAUAAAAAGGACCACCUUCGAAUGCGUGUUAAACAUGGAAAACUCUUCAUGAUUGAUCUAGCAGGAUCUGAAAGGGCGAACAAGACGAAGAAUCGCGGCAAAAGACUCCAGGAGGGUGCCCAUAUCAAUCGGUCUUUACUCGCUUUGGGCAAUUGCAUCAACGCUCUAAGUGGAGGAGCCAGAUAUGUGAACUACAGAGAUUCAAAAUUGACUCGUUUGUUGAAAGAUGCGUUGAGUGGAAACUGCAGAACAGUCAUGAUUGCCCACGUUUCUCCUAGCGUUACUCAAAGAGAUGAGAGUAGGAACACUUUGACUUACGCGGAUAGAGCUAACAAUAUUACCAAUAAAGUGGAAAGGAACGUGUUGGACGUUUCGUAUCACGUCACACAGUACCAAACGGUGAUAAAUGAGCUUAGAGAUGAAAUAUCAAGGUUGCAAGGGAAGAUGAAAGAGGAUAGACCUCGAUCUGCUGACAUUAAUAAGAUGAAUGCCGAGGAAAGAAGUAACGAGGUGAAGAACUUAAGGGAGCAGAUUGUUGACACCUUCAAGAAUCAAAUGAAAUUAAGACGAAAGUUAAUGGAAAUUGAUUCACACUUGUUGGGACUUGGAAUGGAGGCGGAAAGGCAACAUCUGAUUAUAUCACACUGGGAGUCCAGAAACAACAAACUCUACAAAAAUAGUAUUAAUGAAUCCAGGGCCAGAACUCAACAGAGUCUAAGGAGGAGGAAACUUGCAACAGCAGAUGGUUUUAGGUCAGCUGGAAACGUUGAAGAUGAAGUCCAAGAUACAUCCGAUGGAGAUGACCAAGAGGGAGAAGUGGCAGUUCAAACAGCUUGGGGUGAAUUGGCUGAUAUUGAAAGAGAACAAGAACGAUGGUCGGAAUUGAGAACUCACAUAGAACAGAAGCUUGAAACAUGUAGGCAACGUGGUGUUGCUUUAGAAGAUAAAUUGCCGUCUCUUCUCUCAUCAGAUGAUGAAAGGGAGAUUUUGGCAUUGAUGUGUCGAGUACAUGAGUUGGAGGCAGAUAAAAUGGCGUUGCAGUCUGAAAGGUUGGUAAGACAACAUGAACUCAGACGAAGAGAUCUUGUUAUCUUAAGAUAUGAUCGCCAACGACAACUUUGUGAAGAUAUUAUUACUAGACAACGACAUCUUAUAGAAGAAAGCAAAAUUAAUUUGCCAUCUGAUCUACAAGAGUUGUACCAAAUCUAUCAGCAGGAAAUCCAUGCAGCAACUUAUACAGACUUCAAUCCGCCACCAACAGCAUUCUCUCCAGAUAAAUUACCACCAAUAAGCAAAAUUUACAGCGAUCCAAUAUUCCGAAGGGCAACCACCACAGAGCACAGCGGAAGUGAAGCUAGUGGCAAUUCGCCACCUUCAUCGGCGGAAUCAGGUGAAGAAGCAUUACCAAACGUGAACGACUCGAGUGUGGAUCGUGUCAUGGGGCAGAUGGUGUCCAGACCCGGACAAGGUAUGAAAUUACCCCCAUUACCACCUAGUCCACCCGUCAGGUUGUCCCGGACCGGACCCAAUUCCUCCAACCCCAAUGUGAAACGAGCCACAAGUGAAGAUAGAAUUAGUGAAUCUAGAUAAAAUAGCACAAAAAUAUUUACAACACACGUAUCUUCUUGUAAGGAAAUUAAGGAAGAAUGUCGCCGAUUGUAUCAAUUGCCGAUGCUUUUUAUUUUUCAAUGGUGUAUGUAGAAUUGAAUAAAAUUCUUAAC